AUUUUGGUUUGUUUGGUAGCUUAGAUUUAAUCAGGAAUGUUGAUGAUCCGAUUGUUGCAAUGGCCACUUAUCAUACUACAGCCAAAAACUUCGAUACAAAUUUUUUAAGAAAAGGAGUAAUUUUCAGCCAAAAGAGGAUAGCAAUGUCGAUACCACUUGUAUGAAGAUAUGAUAUUUCCAGUAUUAAUGUUAAAAAAUUAUGCAGCACUAAAAAAGUUAAAAUGCAAGAUCAUACUUCUUCACCUCCUCAGCCUGCUGAGCUCUUAUCCCUGUUCAUGGAGUGGACAAUGCUGUUAGACAAAUCAGUUUUUGGUUCAAUCCAUAGUUUGUACUUGGUUGAUAUUUCUGAAGAUCACUUAAAACAACUCGAUGUUUUGAGUUUGCAACAGACAUUUCAAGCAAAUCGAGAUCAAAUGGCUUCUGCACACGAGACAACAGAUUAUGAUACCACUGCAAAGAAUUGUGAAAAAAGUUUACUUGACAAUUUAUUUGAUAAUAUGGAGAAGUUGAAUUUAAUAGAACAGAGAGACAACGUAAUCCUCCCAGAACAUUUAAAAACCUGUGAAUCACCAUUUUUGUGGCAUACCUAUCAAAAGAGAGGACUUGGCUCUGAGCUGGUCAUUGCAAGAAAUAUAGAAAAACUUGAAGAACUUGACUUAGAUGAACCUGGCUUUUCAAUGCAAAGGUAUGUAACCUUGUUGAAACUGGUUUUUGAAUAUUACGUCAGACAUGAGGAUGAUAAGGCUUGGGAAACUAUGAAGACAAUUGAAGAGAAGCUUGAAAAGGAAGCAUCUGACAACAAUGCAGACUAUAAUAAAACUAAGCUGUCACUGGGACAUGUUGUUACCUCUACAAAGGUACAUAUGCUGGCAAUGACAGGAGAGGAAGAAAAGGCUCGAAAGAUUAGUAAAGACAUAAUUCCCACAAACAUUAUGAGCAAGGCAGACCAAGCUGCUUUGAAUGCAAUGAAGGCUAGGUUUUUCCUCUACUCUGGGUAUGAGAACGGAGAGAGUGUUGGAGUUGGGCUCAUGAGGAAAGCCUGUGAGUUAGAACCCGACAAUCCGGAAUUGAAAUAUCUCUUGGCCAAGAUCAUAAGGCAAGAGCGGAAAGAUGUUCCUUAUUCUAUGGAUAUACCUAGAGAGGAGCUUAUUUUGCUUGAGGAUGUAGUUUCGAAAUCAAGAAACCAGAAGUAUGUGGUGUAUUUAGCUCAAGUCUACAGAGAAUGUGGUGCUCAAGGUUUUAAGCAGUACAGAAACAAGGCAGGGUUUUAUAAUAGUCCGUUAUACGAUGCAAUUGAAGAUAUGUAUGACAGAUCAUUAAAACUUUACAAAGAAGCCUAUGAUAUGUCAUCAGACAGUCCCUCUGCGCUUAGGAGAAUUGGAUAUGGAAUUAUGAAUUUACCCAAGAAAUUCACAGACUACGACUUUGCACUCAAAUGCUUGUUGCGCUCUUUGGAACUUUCAGAAAACAUGAUGACAUUGCAUGUACUGGGAACAUUUUAUCAUCGAUAUGGUAAUGACAAUGUUAAAGCCUUAGAAUACUUUGAAAAGACUACCAAAAAAGGGAGCCAUGCUGGUUUAUCUGAUAUGAUCAGAGUGAAGUACAUCCUCAAUCCAGAAUACAAUCCUUGUGAAGACCUGGAAUCUGGUUUGAAAUGGGAGAUAAAGAAGAAAAAUCGCUUACAUUUACUUGCACAGUUUGGAGCAUACUUCCUGCUCGUGAGGCGAAAUGUGCCCGAGAGCAUAAAAUACUUCUCUGAGAUUGUUGAUGACAACAAGGAUACCCCUCAUAUGCAGGUUUUCAAGUCGUUUUUUCUGAGAAUGUAUGAACCCAUUAACCUAUAUGAGUAUAUCAUCAAUGAAGCACUUCUUUUACUUGAGAAGGCUCACUCUUCCGAAGGUCAGAAGGACUGUUCUCUGUUAGACGAUAAAGAUACAGACUGUGUGAAAGACUUUGUGAGUAAACUGAGUGAGAUUUUCCCCGAAAUGGUGAAAAUUGAGCCUGAUCCUCACUUAGUUGACAGGCUCCACCAGACCUCGAAAGAGAUCAUACAGAGAGAGAAUAAAAAAUGUAAAGAGUCCCGAAAUGACUUUAGACCAAGUAACCGAGGAGGAUUCAGCCUCCACCGGGAAAGAGGACGAGCUCGUGGUGGGAUAGGAUACCACCAACGAGGCAGAGGAGCUUCGUCUGAUGUCUCAUCAGAGAGGAGAGGGAGAUUUUCAGUGGCAAAUCAAAGAGACAAAGGUGGUGAAGGCAGUUCUGAAAGGCCAGCAAGAGACUUGUCCGGUGGUCAUUCUGACAGUAAAGAGAGGCGUGGAUCAAAUAGAGGAAAAAGAAACAUUGAUCACACAAAUUGGCGUCAAAGAAACUGAAAAACCACAGUAUAGUAUGAGUGUAAGUAUAUGUACAUAUAAAAUAAUAAACUGCUGUUUUAUAAUCAAAUCAUUUAUUGUCAGGACACUGCAAUUGUGUAUAGUUGUCAACAAGUUAUAACAUGUGAAACAAGGUAAAGAAGCAUACUAUUACUAGCAUUGUAAAAUUCGUUUACACUAUAGAUACACUUCUUAAGCUUAUAUUAACUGAAAACUCAAUUUUUAUUACUUAAGGUUUUGUUUGUGUAUUCAUUUUGAUGCAUAUAAAAAGCCGAUAUUAUUUUAAUUGUUUUCUUUUUUGCAGAUCAUAUCAAAAGAUUUGAAAUCAGAAUAUAUUCUUUUUUAAUACAAUAUGUUGCAUAUGAUAUUUAUGUAUCUUACAUUAUUAUGAAUCACUGUUUGCUUAAGUAAUUUACAUGUAGGUAUAAAAAUUCAGCAAAUUGAAUAGAGACAAGAGUAAAGUGCUAUAUUUUUUUUAUUAUCUAUUUUUGUAUGAAUUUAGAAUGCCAGAUAAAUGGUUUGAUUGGGGGAAAAAUGUGUAUGGUGUUUUUAUUACAUUAGAGGAAUGUGUAAUUCUUAUUAUAGUUUAUAAAUUAUAUUUUGUAUGAAGAAAAUUAUUUUUGUGUGUGAGUUGAUAAAAUUUGUUUGGAACUGAAAUUGUAAUUAUUCUUUUCAAAGUAAACUAUUUUACUGCAGAUUAAUAAAAUUGCCUUUCCUCUGAUAUCUCUUGUUGGGGUACCAUACUAUUUUAAAAACCAAAUCUGUGGUUUACUUAGGAACAUUUAGCCAAUUACUAUGUGUAGAUUUUCCUAAUGUAAUAGUAAGUAAAAUAUUAAAAACCAGGUUUAAUAAUAUUGUUGACUAUAAGUCAUCGAAAGUAUAUGGUCACACACCUGUAACGCACCUCUUUCUUAUUCAUAUUUUUACUGUUAAAAAUAUGAAUUAAUUGCAACAAUUUUAUAAAACCAAACUUUUUGUUCUCAACCCAAGUCAUUCCAUAUCAAGUGGUAAAAAUUAAAAAUUUUCUACUCUUUAUCUCAUUAGGUUUUGAAAAAUUGUAAUUCAAAGUCUCAAAACAUAUGUGAUAUUGCACUUUUCAGGCUAGAAUUAAGAUAUAGAUGUAAAAUAAACACAAUUCUGUCCAGAAUUAAAUUAGCUAUAAUGACAGUACAGCUAAUUAAGUACACAAUAAUGCCAGUAAUUAAGUACAUGACAGUAUUUCAAGUACUUAAGUUUUUUAACUUCCAAUUUCGACAUUUUAAAUGUGAAUUCUUAAAAAUGCAUACUGUAUGACUAAUAAUUAAUAUAUAUACCAUGAAUUCCUAAUGUCAUUACUAGGUUGUGUAUAAAAUUUCAAUGUGGGAUCUCAAUGUGAUCAUAUAUUUAUUAUUAAUACAUUUUUAACUAAAUUAAUAUAUGUGCUAUAGACUGUGAGGUGUCUAUUUUCAUUGCAAUCUUAUGUAUAUUAAUUUAUUUACAUAUGAUCAAAGUAAGAUUCCAAAUUGAAGUUUUGUACACAACUUAAUAUUGACGUUAGGAAUGCAUGGUAUUUGUUAUUUUUAUUUUCAAAUAUAUGCGAUUUUUAGAGUUUACGUUUACAAUUUCAACUUUUGAAGUUGCAAAUUUUAAGUACUUGAAAUACUACCAUGUUGUACAUCAAAUUAAAGCUAAUUUAAUUCUUAACAGAAUGUUUUUAUUAUUUUAUCUCUCCAUCUUAUCCCUCAGACUGAUAAUAACAAACUCCAAGAAUGAGACACUGGUUUUUGUCUUUGUGCAGCAUAUUUUUAAGAUAUAUUUUAAAAUAUGUUCUAAAUGUGAAGAAAUGAGUGUUAUAUAUCAAUGAUUUAGAAACCAGAGAAAAAUGUAAAAUAAUUUUUUUUAAAUAUGCACUUACUAAAGUGUUGUUUUAGUUUGUUUUUAUAUAAAUUGAAAAAUGCGUAUUGUAAUUUUUUUGUUUCCUAAGUUUCACUCCAUGUAACUUUUACGUGACUUGAGAUAGUAAGAUAUUGUAAAUGUACAAAUUUUUUAUAAAAAUGUGAAGUAUGUACUUCUUCCUUUGGCAGUAUGCAUAUCCAUAUUGGUGUUUGAUGAAUUCUUUGGGCAAGAGGAAUAUCAGAUAAUGACUGUCGCUAUUAAUUUGUUCACAACCCAACUUCCACAUUCCACCGGUUCAUAAUCAUCCAGACAACCUGACAACAAAUCUGACAAAAGAAAUAUCAUCACUUCAUUUGCUGAUGUCACUUUCAGCAUCAGAACUAAUAUUUUCACUAUCCAAUAGUUUACAUAUUCGUUUGAAUAAGGAUCGCCUAUUUCACAACAUAACAAUCAAUUAUAAACAACUAGCCUACAUAAUAACCUAGCAACAGUAACAACAAAGAAUGUCAAGGCCAUGCACCACGUCACCAGCUGCGUAGUCCGUCAGCUGUAUGCUGGUACAGCAUUUGGAUCGAUAUCAACUGAUGAGUAAUAUUACGAAUAUAAAUUAUAUAAAAUGAAUUGGUAUUCAUGAGUAGAGGAUUCGACUGGUGUAAGUUAUGUCAAACGGUUUUCGCGUAAUAAUAGCGGAAAGUUUACAAACUACAGACGGCUGUGCCAUUUAAGUUCACAGUAUUGAUGAACGUCUGUGCCGUUAGUCAUCAGUCGGGGGAUUAAUUCUAGUACGGGAUGUGAAAUAAAAUAUAAAUUCAUGUAAGCGCAAAAACACAUUUGUUUGAGAUUUUGGAAUAAUAUUUUUUACUUUAAGAGGUACAUUUUUUCAUAUUUGUUUCUUUUGCAUAUAUGUAUCUAAUAUAAAAAUAUCAACUCUGUAAAUAAUAGUUAGGUAAUUGGGAUUUGAUCACUUGAUAUGGAUUGACCCACUCAUGUAUAUAAACAAAGUUAUUAUUUAUAAUAUUAGUGCCCAAUUUCAUUGUCCCAAUCACGAAGUGGUGCCAUAAGUGCCAAGGUAUAAUUUUUCAGGAGAAUAACAGAAUAUUGUGCCUUAUAGUAAACAUUAUAUCAUGAGCAACAGUUACAAUCAUGUAAUCAAUAAUCAGUAUGUUUACAUAUGCAUUUUUAUUCAUAAAAAGUUAUUGCAUCAUUUGAUUAACCUUUCACAUAGAUUUUAAGCCAAGACCUGCAAAGAUGUUCAUUUAGAAUCAUGAAAGUUAUGCCUUUUUAUGUUUGGGACGAUGAAUUUUUCCAAGGAUGCAUCGAUAAUAGCAAAAAUGUGUACAGAUGUAACAAAAAGUGUUUUUUGGGUGUACAAUAUUGUAAAAUGUAAAUAAAUCAAGCUUUACCAAAGUACUUGACUGAUAUGUUAUAUAUUAAAUACUCAUGGUCCUUACAUUAAUUCUAGAGUUCAUCAAAUAGAGUAAUCCUAUAAUAAUGUAUAACUUUAAAACGAUUUAAACAAAAACUUUGCAAUUAGUAAUGUAGAAUCUAAUUCAAACUAAAAUUUUAUAACAUCUAUAGCAAUAUUUUGUGAUAGAUUUUGAAAAUUUAUUUUUUGAAUGUUAUUAAUUCUUGUAUACUUUUUAAUUGUUACUUUACCACAUCUAAGUUGUUAAAAAUAUUGUCUUAUUAACUCUUAAACUUGAAAUUCUGAAGGUUUCAUGAGAGCACACCUUGUGUGGAUUAUAAUUGUUCUCCUGAACACAUAUGUGGUCUAGCAUCUAGAAACACUUACAUAUAGUUUGUGUUGUUCAUAAUAGAGUGCAGUGGUUUGUUUUAUCCGUUUCUUUUCAGUUAUAAUUUCUCCUGAUUCAUUGUGGCUUGUCAUAUGUUCCAAAACAGUAAAAGAAUAAAUGCAAUCAUAAUUCAAAUUUUUAUAAUCUUUUUAUGUUGCUGGACUUGAUAUUUAUGAAUUGAAAAUGAUUGGAGAAUAAACGUUUGUGCAAUUGUAUAGAAUGAUGAAUAAAAUCUUGUUAAUUAGUUUAUAGGGAAGAUUUUUAUGAAUGAAGAGAGUAUUUAUUAUGAUGAUAAUUCCAAUAGUGAUGAAAACAAUCGGACAGACUGCGUUGACUAGCUGUGUGGCUGGGUCAAGCAUGGAUGUGCUGUAUGUGUAACGUUGCAAUAUACAUAAGAAAAUGCAUCAGUCUUUUGCGCUGUUAAAUUCAAUAAAGGUACAUGUGUACAAUUCUUAUUGAACUGGAAAUGGAUCAUUUAAUGUCUUACCAUAGUAUUAAAAAUAUAUAAAUAUUGAUUUAAUGUUGGAUUGUGUAAUAUGUUAUUAGUAAUUUUAAUUUGUGUGAAAAUAAGAAAGAGUUUAAUUUAAAGAGGUACAUAUAUUUUUCUCCUUUUCAAAGUAUACCUACUUUAGCAAAUUCCAGAAAACAAAACAAAUAUAAAGCUCUAUGGAAGAAAUCUACCAGUCAAAGAGUUAAUUAAUGAUGGUUAUUUAUUUCAUUCACAAUUUUAUUAUGAAUUAAGUUUUUUAAUGAAUUCCAUCCAACAGUGUAGGUAACAUACUUAGUGUAGAUGUCCAAUAAACUCAAAUUCUAUUUCAAAUUGUGUUGGUGCUAUUUUGAUUUUGAAAUAUAUACACUUUAUUUAAACAAGAUAUAAUAUAAUAAAUAUUUUUACUCACGAAAUUAAUAUUCUUGUUCAAACAAAUUGUAUGUAUUACAUUUAUUCCCUUGUUAUUAGUAAAAAAAUUUCUUGUCAGAAUUAGAGAACUUAAUUUUGUAUAUUAUUUCUUACAAUGAAUGUGUAAGAUUUCUUCAAUUUCUACUUUUUAAUUUCAUUGAAUAUGAUUAUAAAAUGUUGAGCAAUGCAUAUUAAAAACUGUGUUAAUUGUUAUCUAAUUUUUGUAUCACUGCUCAAAAGAUUUGUUUUUUUUUUUAAGUAAACAAUAUUUGAAAAAUAUACCCUUUUAAUACAUUGUAUCAUUUUUAAUAUAUUGCUAAAAUACUAUAUUAUUGUGAUUAUUGAAACUUUUGUGAUUCUAACAAGUUAUUUCCUUUAUAGUGUAUAGAGGUUGCAUAUUUAAAGGAAAUUUCCAUGUUAAAUUAUUAUUAUUAUGAGUUGGAGUUGAUCAAUAAAGUCAUCUUCAAUUUUA